ACGAGAGAGGAUCCGUACGACUGAUGAGAGAGGGUUACCUCAGUUCAUCUUCCCACUACUCAGUCCAGCCAUGAACUCCCAGGGCCCCCUGCAUGUGGCCACCCCCCUGAGGGAGAGCCUGCCUCUGUCCCGGCUAGCCGGGACCCCCAUCUACCUCAAACUGGACUCCUCCCAGCCCACCGGCUCCUUCAAGAUCCGCGGUAUCGGACACCUCUGCAAGACCUGGGCUGAACGAGGCUGCGAACGAUUCGUCUGUUGCUCAGGGGGCAACGCUGGCAUGGCCGCCGCCUACUCCGCUCGGUGCCUCGGGGUGCCCGCCACCAUCGUGGUUCCCGUGGUGACGCCCACCUUCACCGUGCAGCGGCUGAAGGACGAGGGGGCCACGGUGCUGGUGCACGGACAGGAGCUGAAGGAGAGCAUCGAGUACGGUCAGCAGCUAGUCGCCAACAACGCCGGCUGGGUGUUCAUCUCCCCGUACGACAACCCGCUCAUCUGGGAGGGCCACAUGUCUCUGGUCCAGGAGCUGCAGUCGGAGCUGGAGGUGAAGCCGGGGGCGGUGGUGCUGUCGGUGGGGGGAGGGGGGCUCCUCUGCGGGGUGGUGCAGGGCCUCCGUCAGGCCGGCUGGGGGGACGUCCCCGUCAUCGCCAUGGAGACCGUGGGGGCCCACAGCCUGAAUGCUGCCAUGGAGAAAGGGGAGCUGGUCACCCUCCCCAAAAUCACCAGUGUGGCCACCACGCUGGGUCUGAAUUGCGUGGCGGCUCAGGCACUGAAGCUGGCUCAGGAGCACGAGGUCUUCUCCCAGCUGGUGAGCGACCAGGAGGCCGUGGAGGCUGUGGAGCGGUUCGCGGAUGAUGAGAAGAUCCUGGUGGAGCCGGCGUGUGGCGCCGCCCUGGCUGCAGUGUACAGCAGUGCUCUGAGCCGCCUGCAGCAGCAGGGGAAGCUGGGGCAGAACCUGGGCCCGGUGGUGGUGGUGGUGUGUGGGGGCAACAACAUCAGCUUGGGGCAACUACACAAGCUCAAGGAGCAGCUGGGAAUGUCCAGCUAAACCACCCCAAAACUACCCCCCAUGGACCAUCUGCCCCUCUUACCCAAUACCCCAUAG